AUGCUACACAACUCCUCCUCUCCGCGGGACAAAGAGCCCACCGAGCUCGACACCCUGCGCAAAUGGCAAGAAGAGCGCAGAGCGCGACGUCUGCGCGGCGAAUACGAGUCUGCCGUUCUUCACCUUUCGCAAGUCAUCAAUGAUAAUAUACACACACCCAUGAACAUCUCUGCGGUGCGAAUUGAGGGUGCGAAAAACACUCGGAGCUCGUUUUUAGCUUCCAUCGUCGCGCCUGCUGUCCAACGGAGCGGCGAUGACACGGAAGAUGUACCACACACUCUCGAACACGUCCUGCACACAACACGACAUCUCGCCGCCGCACUUAAAAAGACAGACAUAUUCACAUCGGUAGAGGUGUACCUUGAUCGGCCGCGGGACACGACUGCGGCGUCUGGGGAUGUGGAUCUGGUGUUCAAAACCCGCGAGCGCGGGAGGUGGUACCUUUCCAGCUCGACAGAGCUGGGCAACAGCGAAGGCAGCGCGAGUGCCCAUGCACGCAUCCGCAACGUCUUCGGCGGCGCAGAAACAUUCGAGGCGGCCGCGUCGCUGGGCACACAGACGCGGCGCUCUUUUCGCGGGACACUCACGACGCCUCUGAGCGCCUCGAUGACCGCGUUUGCUGAGCUCUCCGCUUAUGUCCAGGACCGCGACUUGUCGAGUUACGCGAGCUGCACCGAGGCGCUGCGUGGUGCGCGCGCCGUCGUCAGGACAGGGACGCCGAGGACGGGGGCGCAUGAAGUUGCGUACGACGCGGUGAUCCGACAUAUCACGGCACUCACACCUACCGCCUCCUUCAGCACCCGACAGUCAGCUGGCACAUCUCUCAAAUCGGCUCUCUCCCACACCUUGCUCUAUGACACCCGUAGCGACCCUCUCGGCCUUGCUUCGACCUCAGGACUCUACCUCAAGCUCACGCACGAGCUGGCAGGAGGCGCCGUGCUCGGCGGCGACGCGCACCACUACAAGGUGGAGGGGGAAGCGCAAGUGUCGCGGCGGAUAGGUGACUCAGGCGUCUCCGUGUCGCUCUCUGCAAAGUCGGGUAUCAUCUAUAGUCUUGCGCCAAACGGGCGAACACUGUUCUCUGAUCGCUUUCAGCUCGGUGGGCCGACAAGCGUGCGCUCAUUCAGAGCCAACGGUAUGGGGCCUAGGGACGGCGCCGACUCGACAGGUGGCGAGAUUUUCUACUCUCUAGGCGCGAGCCUCAUCUCGGACAUACCCACCAAACCAAACUGGCCCGUCAAAGCACACUUGUGGCUGAACGCCGGGAGACUAGACAAUCUGAACCGGGACGGCAGUACAAAUUCCAAUGCGGGUACAGAGGGAGAGAGAGCUCCCGUCAUCCCACCCACCUUCCUCUCAACACCCUCUAUUUCUAUGGGCCUUGGCCUCAUCUACCGCUUCGACCCCGUGCGCGUUGAAGUGAACUUUGGCCUGCCGCUUGCUCUCUCAAAGGGAGAGGCCGCGCGGAGAGGCCUUGGUGUCGGUGUAGGGUUGGAAUUUCUGUAA